CAAAAGGAAGUGAGGUGUUACGUAUCGUGUAUUUAUGUUCCACAGAAUCAUUUAAAGUUACGAAUAAAUGCGGUAUAAAUAAGAAACCCGUAUCAAAUUUCCUUUGUUGUGAAGACCCGCUACAAUUCGCGGCAAACAUGGAGUAACACAAAUACAGAGAGUGGUCUGCAUCCACGAUAGUUGUUUAUGCCAUCUUGGGGCCCUUUGGGUCCAAGGUAGACUAUGCAUCGUGGUGGGGAUAAGGACUUCCAGACAUCAGCACGCAAGAUGGGCACGUCCUUACUUUUCCAGCUGUCGGCACAUGAAAGAGAGUUAGAUCUGGUAUUUCUGGAUCAUAGCUAUGCCAAACCUUGGAACGCCCAUCCCGACGCCAGCAGCGCCCGUCCCACAAGAACGCUGUUUGUCUCUUCGUCUCGUCGUCAGUCUGAAGCUGUAUCAGAUUCAGAAUCCAAUAUAGAUGUUGAAACAGUCACUCCCAACCCUGUUCCUCUGUAUGAUAACCAGAAGGCUCUCAGUGUGAUGAAAGAGUGCGAGCGGCAUGUCCUGUUUGCUCGCACAGUCGCCGAUAACCCCCCGCCACCGGAUGACUGGGAGGAACAUGUCAACAAGACUGGGUGGUCAGUGGUUCAGAACAAGUUGUUCAACAAGGUCCUCAAAGCUCUGCAGGCAGAAAGACUCGCCCGUCUGGCAAAUGAAAAUACUUCAAACGAGCCAAUUCUGCGGCGGAUAGCCGUGAAUAAGUGUGCCAGGAAGGUGCGACAUGCUCUCGCCAGUGUGAACUGGGACGCCAAACUGACUCAGUGGUUGCACACCAUCAUGAUCGAGUCUUUAAGCCUUCCCUUGCUUGCUGCGUACCUGGAUGUGCUGCAGACACUCAAAAGCAAGCUGCCCUCGCUGAUAGACCGAAUGUUACUGUCAUCUGCAAAGACCGGCGCUCCGAGCGUAGAGGCUCUGUCACUACUGUUAAAACGCCCUUGGGAUCCAGCCGUGGGAGUUUUGUCUCAAAACAAACCGAGCAAGCUUCCCGGUUCUCCACUCAUCCUCAUUGCACCGUCAAGCCCGACCAAUCUCGUCCUCUCUACCUCACGACGAAUGAGAUUCUGGCAGUCGCAACUCUCCUGUUUAGGAAAGGUUAUUCCAGUUCACACUCAUUUGAGCAGUUCGGCCAAUAUUGGCAUCACCCAGUGUCUGGAGCACAUGCUGUGUACCGUCAGAGCCAAAGUCAUGGAGGUUCACAGUCACUUCCCUCACAAACCCAUAAUCCUGGUCGGCUGGAACGCCGGUGCCCUCAUCGCAUGCCAUGUAUCCCUGAUGGAAUAUUUGACAGCAGUGGUGUGUCUUGGCUUCCCUCUUCUAACCGUCAACGGGCCCAGAGGGGAUGUGGACGACCCGCUGUUGGACAUGAAGACCCCGGUGUUGUUUGUGGUUGGCCAGAAUGCUCUGCAGUGCACCACUGAGGGGAUGGAAGAGUUCAGAGAGAAGCUGAGGGCCGACAACAGCAUGGUGGUGGUGGGAGGAGCUGACGACAACCUCAGAAUUUAUUCCGCAAAGAUGAAAUCAGACGGACUGACUCAGACAAUGGUGGAUCGCUGUGUCCAGGAUGAGAUCGCAGAUUUCCUGACGGGAGUUCUUACACGUUCAGAGGGACACGGUCACAGCUCAGGGGAGAUGAGAGACCUGGACACAGAGAAGAAGAAGAGGCUUCGGCGAGAGCUUCCCUUUGAUAUGGAAAGAGGACGACCUUCCUCCCCUGCGCUUCGAGUUCCCAUCUCACCAUCAGGUUCAGAGGAUCUCUCUAGUGUCUGCAGCAGCCCCACUUCAAGUCCCAAACCCAAGACGUCGGGCCUGUCUCCGGCUCAGAAGUCCAGUCUGAUCACAGCCACUCAGCUCCUGAAGACUCACAUGCAGCGCUCGGGCACGGUGCUCACUCACAAGCAGGCACAAGCUCAGUUUGCUGCUUUUAUGAAACAAAACAUGCUUGUGAGGAAAAAUCUUCCUCCUGGCACUCCUCCUUGUAUUUUUGUGCCAGUGAGCAGUGAUCAGAUGGAGGGCCUGGACAGAGAUGAACUGCGCACACAUGGCAAGAGGAGGCAGACGCCCAGCCCGACGCCAAGCAAAGCGUCGAAGAGGGCGAAGAUCAAGGUCACCAUUGUCUCUCAAAACGAGUCAGCAGGGGGUGCCAUCAGCCCUGCUCCCCAUGAAGUGGGGGUCUCUGGAAAGCCCUUAACCGUGUCCGUGGGACAAACUGUUGCUGGAGCCAAGGAGCUCUCUGGACUUCUGACAGGCCAGCGGUCUGGUAGUCUCUCAGAGGUGUCUGGUGCCCUGUCCCCAGGCUCCAGCUCAUUCAGCAGCGUGCAGCCUUGCAUGGUGUCAGGUUCCUCCACACCAGUCCAGGUGCAAGCUCCAGCUACUGCCCAAGCGCCUUCCGCCAGCAGUCUGCUUCAAGGCCUAAGUUUCAGUCUUCAGGAGAUCGUCACAAAAGCUCCUAACUUGCCUUCCUCAGCAGCAAACACUGGCAGCACCCAGGCGGUUUGCGGGAAACCCCAGGGUCCGGUCCUGAGCUCGGCGGGUUCCAGCAGCAGUACUCUCCUCCGAGCGGUUCCUGUGGUCUCUACAGGAGGAGUGGCUAAAACCACCGCCAUCCACCAGCUGCUCACCAACGGUGGGCUGGCCAAGCUGGCGAGCAGUUUGCCCGGCUUGGCCCACAUCACCAAUCAGACCGCCGGAGGGCAGAAAGCCCCCACUUCUAUAACCGUGACCCUUCGAGGAGCACAGCCCAGUAGAGUGGGAUCUGUCGGCCAAACGGGCGAGGUGGCGCCGCCAGCUCGUGCCAACGAGCCCAAGGUGUGUCCCAUCAGUGAAAGACUCCGCUCGCCGUUUCCACGCCUGAUGUUCACUGGUGCUGUGCCAGAGGCAUCUGGGAGCCACAGCCCGCUCAUGAGACUGUACCCUCCCCGCAAUGACGAACGCACCACCCCGCAAAGUGCAAGGGGGGGGGGGUGAGAAAAACCCCUGCCUGACAUCCUCCAGAGAGCCCCCCCACCCCCCCACCCCUGCUGAGACGAAGGGAAAAAGGCCAAGCAGUCGCUGUCAGCUGUGGCCGAGCUGCUACCGGUCUCUGGGUUGGGUGGCAGUGAUUCUUCUUCCAACACCGCAGUGCUCCAGUCUGGGCUCCUCUCUCUCUCUCUCACACACACACACACACACACACACAACACACACGAAAAGUCCAGUGAGGUUUAAGAACUGACUGGACUCAAACCAUUAUGAGAGGAUGGACUGUUGGUGUUGACCAGAAACCUGCAACUCAAAUUAAAAAAAAAAAAAAAAGAAGAGGCUAGAAGCCUGACGUUGUUUUACAGGUACACACCAAUGCAGCGG